GCGUAAGGCGUGCUUGAACGCCAUUGAUAUAAUUUAAUUUAAUUUUAGACCCCAUGACUGUGCCCCGGAUCACCUUGUACCUGGAUGUCGUUAGCCCGUUUGGGUAUAUCGCAUUCCAUGUGCUGAGAAAUUCCCCCGUCUUUGCCAAAUGCAAUGUCACUUAUGUUCCGAUCUUCCUGGGCGGAUUGAUGAAUGCCUGUGGGAACACUCCUCCCGUCAACAUCAAGAAUAAGGAUGUCUGGAUCGGAAAGGAGCGGAUCCGCUGGGCGCGUUACUUCUCCGUUCCCAUUAUUGAACACACCCCGGAAGGCUUCCCGCCGUUGACGUUGGCAACAGGACGGGCCCUCUGCGCUGUAUCCCUAAAAUCACCGGGAAAGCUUGUCUCAACCAUCGAAGCCUUCUAUGACUCGUUCUGGGUGCAGGGGAAUGCUAAGAUCGGACAAGUCGAAGGGUUUACUCCUGUGCUAGAAAAGGUCUUUGGGAAGGACGGGGCUCAGGAAAUCCUUGGAGCUAUGGGCCAAUCAGAGGCCAAGGAGCUUUUGAAGGCUAACACGGACCAGGCGUUUAAGUCUGGUGCUUUUGGGAUCCCUUGGUUCGAAUGCACCAAUACCAAGGGCGAGACUGAAGGGUUCUGGGGGAUCGAUCACCUAGGUCAAGUAGCAGACUUCCUGGGUCUGGACCGCGGUUCGGAGAAGGGAUUCAAAGCAGUGUUGUAAAGAGUCCGCAGAUCCGGAGUAUAAGAGCACAUAUUAUCCAUCUGGGCGUACAUUUUUCUUUUACAGUUGUUUGCUCUCCUGUAAUGAAGUCCUUUUCGUAAAACCUGGGACCCCCCUAUGCGGAUGAUACGCGACAUAAAUGAGACUAUUAUCUUUUUCUUGGCCGACGACCAUCGCUUCUAUUCUUUUCUCGGAGAAACUCGGCAAUCUU